AUGGCCCUGCCAGGGCUCAUCAGGAAACUCGGUCAUCAGCUGGUCGAGAUCAGGGAGCGCGCGCUCAAGAAUAUUCUUUGCAAGUUUGAGCACAACCUAAUCUGUUGCGCGGAUCUCAUUCAGGAGAGACUGCUUUUCCUGCACUUGCUGGAAUGGUUCAACUUCCCCUGUGUUCCGAUGAAAGAGGAGGUUCUGAGCCUGCUAAACACAUUGGUUAAGUAUCCUCCAGCUGUCCAGCAUUUGGUUGAUCUUGGCGCAGUUGAGUUCUUAUCCAAACUUCGUUGUAAUGUGGAGCCAACUCUGCAGGCCGAGAUUGAUGGCAUUCUGGAUGGACUGUUUAUUCUUCCUUCAGAAGUUCCCACGCUAUCUUCUGGACCUUACCAAACCAAUCAAACUGAAUUACAACCACCUGAGAUGUUAACAGGGUACUUUCCCCAAGAGAGAAGUCAUCUCCAGCAGCCGGUGGCACCUCCGCAGCCUGCAGCCACCCAGACUGCGCAGUGCUUGAAGUUCUCCACGUUUCCUUGGCUGGCCCUGACCACCACCGACAGACACGUGCUCUCCUCCAAUGAAAGCUCGCUGAGAAGCAGCAACCACACUUUGAUCUGGAACACCUGUGAACUGCUGAAGGACGUCAUCAUGCAAGAUUUUCCCGCUGAGAUCUUCCUUCAGAGGCCGAAGAUUGUCCAGAGCCUGGUGUCCCUGCUGAAGCUGGCCUUCGGAGGGGGCGGGAAGCACCGGCUGGCCCUGCAGUCCCUCGCCUGUCUGCAGCAGCUGUGCACGAGCCUGAGAAACAGGCUGAACUUCCACCGAGACCCGGGCUUCUUCUCCAGCAAGCGAGAUACAGUUUCCCAGAAUUCUUCUCUGUCUUACUGUCACGAAGUGAGAGCCGCUCAUCCUUCCCAGAACCCUUCCCCGGGGAGCAGCAGCCCCCGGCCGUCCGUGGUGGGGCGCACGGGCCAGCGCCCCAGAGGAGACGGCCAGGACUGGGAUGCGGUGUCCUCCAGCGGGAGCAGCAGCCGCGCCCUCGCGAACUCCCGGAUCUCCGUGCCCUCGCCGCUGGACCUGGCGCAGGUGGACCUGCCGGAGCUGGAGGCCGAGGACGCCCCGGAGCUGCAGCUGCAGCAGCUCAGCCUCGCCCAGUUCUGCGUCUGCGUCCUGGAGUCGGCCGUGCCCCUCCUGAGGACAGGGAGCCGGCAGAUGCUCAUUCGCGCCCUGGAGCUGCUCGCCGAGGACCUGACACUCGUGGGAGAGGCGAUCUCAGCAGACGUCUGGGAUGACGGCAGUCUGUUCGCUGCUGACCUGAAGGAGAAGCUGCUGUCGGUGCUGGGGUCCCUCGGGGACACGCUGUGUCAGCACAACAGCGCUGGUGGCAUGGAGCUCCCCGCCGCCGUGCUCGUGCACCACAGAACGGCCUUCGUCAGCAUCUCGCUGCUCGCCCUGCGGCUGCUGCAGACGCUGCUCCCGGUUGAGAAGGCAAGCCACGUUUUACCAGAACCUAUGUCAGCAGCGCUGUUUCUGCUCUCUAUGGACAUACCCAUUUCCUUGGAAUAUCCAAAUAUUCACGAAGCGGCCGUGGCCUACUUGGAACAGCUGAACUCCGAAAACUACAGCAUCUACAAACGAACCGCGGAGACUGUGCGCUCCAUUGAGUGCACCUGUAACUUCCUGGCUGACGUUAGGAAGGAGGGCGAGAAGAACCUCUUAGAGUUAGUGGAGCUGGCAGACCAAGCCUUGCUGAGCUUCUCCUAUCAUCAGCAUUUUUCUGUGAUAAAGGAGAUCGUCGGCAUCUGUUCAGAGAUCUGGAAAUCUGCACAGGCCAGUCCAUUACUCCAAGGAGAAAGUCAGAAGGUGUUUCUACGUAUGCUGUCUCACCCAUUGCCGCAAGUGAAAAUUGAAACUUACCGUUGCUGUCUGGAUAUUGUUAAAGAGUGUCUGGGUCUACAUAAUGUCACCAAGCCGGUGUCUUCUCUCUGCACUGGAAUUCACUUCCUGCUUCAUCCGAAAGUUUUGUAUGAAAUUUCUGCAUUUGGCAUUCAGGAGUCCAAAAGGGAGCAUCGUGGGGAUGGGAAAAGCCCGACAGGGCGGGAGGGUGGCAGCUUAUCCCGAAACUUGGACCGCGGUUCAGCCGCUUUCUGGGCGCCCGGCCGCGUCCGCCCCGCAGCCGUGACGCGCCCUGUGGGCCCCCAGGGCUGCGCUGACACGGAGGACCCGCUGGGCCACGCCGUUCUGCUCCUGAGCGAAGAGAGGGCCGAGGACGGCGCCUGCACGCUCCCCGGCACCGCCCGCCUGAGGGCCCUGCUGCGCCUGCUGCUGGUGAAGAAGCCGCCGGUCCGCUUGCUGGCGUUAAAGCUUCUGGUCGGUCACCUCACCCAGGAAGAAGGGGCCGACACCAAGCGUCCUCUCCUAGACGCCAGCCUCCUCUCCAGAGUUACCAGUUUGUUUAUUGUGAAGAAGCCCAUUGAACUCACGUUGGAUGACAGACAAGACCUCGUCAUCAAGUUGGAGACGGUUGAAAAGCUCUAUGAAAUCUUUACCUCUGAUGAUGUUGAUCUUAAUUUGAGAAAGUCGGCAGCGGAACAGUUGGCUGUGAUCAUGCAAGAUAUUAAAAUGCAUGCAACGGUGAAAAAGUUAUGCUUGACUGACAAGAUAAUCGAGUAUUUACGUGAUUUUGUGGGUCAGGAUGGUGAGGUCACAGCGCGCCUGGUGCCGCCCAGCCUGACGCUGCUCAGGAAGGUCCUCUGCGCCGACCCGGACACGCGCGGCGCCCUGGCCCAGCAGGCCUCUCUGCUGACCCUGCUCCUCAGGGUUUCCUUGAUAUUUCAUGAAGAUUGUACAGUUGUAACUGAAGUUGGAGCAUUAUUUAGUCUCCUGUUGUUUGAUGAAGUAUCAAGAAUGGACAUGUGGUCUGUCAACCCCUCCGGAAAACCGUCCUCGCCAGCCUCCUUCAGUUUGCCUGUUUCCGUUUAUAGAAGAUUUCUUGACACCCUCAAGUUGUCCGCAGAGGAUGUGCUGGCUCUGAAGGUCACACACACGGCCACUGGGCUGGGGGACUGUCUCCGCGACAUUAUCCAGGCCGCGGCCCACAGGGACGUGCGGGCUGCGGUCACCAGGAUGAACUUCUAUCUGCUGGACAACAGGCUGUCUGCCCAGGGUGGCGCCGGCCCGUACGGGGCGCCCGUGGAGUCUCUGGCGUGGCACACGGCCCUCGGCAGGUUUUUACAAGUGCUUCCUGCUUGCACGGAAGAUGAGAAGCUGCUCAUAGACAUUGUACAUUUUUUAAAUAAGUUGUUGAAGGACCGGAGAAGAAAUUCAUCACCAGAACUCCUAAACUGGCUUCUGGAAUUACUUCUUAGACAAAGUCCAAACCCACUUUUAGACCUUCUGGUUCCAACAGAGUCCCAGGCACGGGGAGAAGCCGACGACGUAGGGACUGCGGUCAGGCAGCAGCUGCAGAAGGAGCUGAUGGGGCUCUUCAGCACCCUGCUGCUGGGCUGCGGGGCCGUGGCUGACAGGAAGUGCAUGGAACUCCUCUACGUUUUCCAAACGCAGCUGGCCCUGAGGCUGCUACAGUGCCUGAGGGUCACAGAUGCGCCCCACUUCUAUGGGCUGCCCUCUCUGGAGAGGACCUUGAGGGGCAUGGUCCACCUCACGGCCACUCCGGGCUGGAGCACGCACUCUCCGCUCACAAAGCCACUCGAAAUUUGUACCAAGUACUUGUCAGGUCUUCUCGAAGUCAUCACUUCCUUCUAUGUGGAGCGUGGCGGGAACGCCACGUCGUUCAUGGGCAAAGGGGUCACGAAGAGCACCGUCCUUUGCCUGCUGCACUUGUCGCACGAGAUGCUGGCCCAGGCCCAGAGCUCGGCGUGGAUGUCACUGUGGUUCCUGCCUCUGGGCGGCCCGGGGGACGAGCGGGCACCGUCUCAGCAGGGACUGACCUGGCUGAUCCCGUUGUGGGUGGACCGAGACCCAGAGGUGAGAUUUACUUCCCUGGGGUUGGGGUCGGCACUCACCACUCUGGAAAGCGGCUGUAUGGUUUUGGCAAAUAGUUGUCAAAACAUUUCCGGAGGGCUGUGGGGCACCGUGGUGAACAUCCUCCUGGACCAGUCCGAGUGCAGCCUGGUGCGCCGCGAGGCUGCGUUUAUUCUUCAGAAUCUCCUUGUAAUUCCAAUGCCUUCGGAAAUUAUAAAGGAUUAUACUUGGCAGGGCCCCUGUGUGCAUGACGAGGACUCAGGGCUGUCGCUCAUCGGGAAGCCCGCUCUCCAGGCCCUGUUACAUCACUGCCGUUUUUAUGAUCAUUUGAGUCAGAUGAUUAAACAUUGCUACCUGGGGCGGUACGUGUUGGACUGGAAUUCUGCCCUGGAUGGGCCUUCAGAAAGCAGCGAUAUCAGUGGUCUGGAGGACGCUUUCAGGCUCUGGAGGGCCGCUUCCACGACGUCUACUCAGGACCAAGACACCAGCUCUCUCUCUACCUCGGAAACAACGGUGACGCCUUCAUCAGGGAGUGUUGGAUUUCAGCCCCAUGCGCCCUCAGCGACGCUUCCCUCCGAAGCCUCACACGACCAGUUCGCGACUCAAGCAGGUCAGCAGGAGGCCGGGCCGCCCCGGCGGCUCCCGCACGACUCGCCCCUGUCGGUGGCGCUGCCCCAGCCGUGCGCGCUCGUCACCCCUGCGCUCCUGUCCGCCGUCUGCAGCCUCCUGGACAGCCUCUUGGCCGUGGCUCCCAGAGACACCGCCAGUGCCCUUGGGCAAGCCGGUCUCCUGCAGUUGCUGUGCAGGCUGGCCGACGCCACCCUCGUGGAGACCUGUGUCCAGGAACUCGGCGCCCCGCCGCCUCCGUCCCCUCCAGCUGAACACGUGCAGGCUCAGGUGUCCUUUCUCCUGGAAUACCUGGCCUCUCUGUCCAGGCUUCUGCAGUCUUGUCUACUGGUGGAUCCCAGCCUCGUGGUUCAGGACACGCUUCUGACGCCGCUCGUGGCAAACAUCGUGGGUGUCCUUACCGUAUGCACCCAAGGAAUCGUGGACACAGAGUUAAUAUCAGCUUUUUAUCAAACGUGGACACAUUUAUUUAACCUUCUGGCCACACUACUAAGGAAGGCUGGGGCCGCCUCCCUCCCGUCCAUUACCACGGGGCUGGCCAGGCACUGGACUGCGAUGAUCGUUUUCUCAUCAUUUCUUCUGGAUCACAAAAGAGACAGAAUGUUCCGUGUGGCUCUGGCUUAUGGACCACACUCCCCGGCGAGCUGCCGGAGCACACCCGGCGCCCGCACCCUGAUUGACCACACGCGUCUCUGCUACGAAGUAACAUCCUCCAGAGACGCCCUGCGGAGAGCGGCUGCGAACGCGCUCCUGGCGCUCCUGGCCGUGAGCCGGCAGGCCCAGAAGCUGGCGCUGCGAGCCUCUCUGAUCGACGGCUGCCUGGCUCAGAUGAAGCACAUUGGCGCCCAGCUGAACCUCGACUCCCUGCGGCCUGGGAGAGCGGCACUGAGGAAGAAGGAGGACGGUGUCACCAGAGAGCUAAGCACCGCCAUGCAGCUGCUGAGGAACUGCCUGUAUCAGAACGGAGAGUGCAAGGUGGGUGGGCCGGAGCUGCCGCUGAGCCCCGGGCCGGGGAGGUGGACACGGGCCCGGGCUUUUCUCCUUUGGAGAGGCCACCGCAUGUAUGUCUGUCCACCUCCCUCCGUGCCCAGCGAGCGGGCUCGGGGCGCUGCUGCCAGCGUGCGUGACCGCGGGCAGCGGCCCCGAGCUCUCCGCGCGCCCUCGUGUUGCAGUUCUCUCUGCUGGUCGAGUUCCGGGCAGAAUCCUGUCCACGCCGCCGCUCGAGGGCCCCCCGGCAGCUCGCUGAUGCAGAGUGUCCUCAAGUUGGCCUCCCAGAUGCCCCUCGAGAACACCACCGUCCAGCAGAUGGUCUUCACGUUUCUUUCCAACCUGGCCCUGUCUCAUGACUGUAAAGGAGCCAUUCAAAAGAGUAACUUCCUGCAGAACUUCCUGUCCCUGUCACUGCCCAAAGGGGGGAGCAAGCAGCUCAGCCCUCUGGCGGGCCUGUGGCUCAAGCUGCUCCUGCACCUGUCCCUCGGCGAAGACGGCCAGCAGAUGAUCCUCAGGCUGCCCGGCUGCCUGGACCUGCUGGCAGAGAUGAGCAGACACAAGCACCGGGGCGGCCCGCACUUGCCUCUUCUCAUCUUUCAUAACAUCUGCUUCAGCCCGGCUCACAAGCCCAAGAUCCUGGCUAACGAGAAAGCCAUCAGCAUGCUGGCCGCCGGCCUGGAGAGUGGGAGUCGAGAGGCGCAGCGGGUCGCGGCGGCGGCGCNCUGGUAGGUUUCUCUGUGUUACCUCCAGGCAAAAACAACUUUGAAAAACCCGUCGAUAAAAAGAAGAGUGGAUGAAGCUUACUCCUUAGCAAAGAACACUUUCUCAGGCUCAGAAGAAACCCCUCUAAAUGCCUAUUACCUGCAGUGUCUUGACAACCUGGCCCAGCUCCUCAGCUCUUCGUGAGCAGCCGUGGGCCUCGCCUGGAGCUGGCGGCCACGGCGGCCGUGGCGGGUCCGGGCAUGCCCAGCCUCUGGCACUGCCUCCAGCCCGGUCCUGUGGGCGUGGACCCCCACCGAGGGGACGGAGGGAGGGAGGGAACGGACGGCCCCGCCACUAAGAGCUGCUGGCGGGAAGGUGGCGAAGACUUGGGCCGUUCCAGGAACGCGAGCGUACUUACCUUUCUCUA